AUGGCGUCUGCGACAGAGUUUCUGAUGUCGAGGACGGCGGAUAUUGCGAUGGACACGCCGACAUCAUGGCUAACUCCUGUCAGGAUAAAGAUGAUGAAUGACAUGUCUGCCAUCCUUGCCGGCAUAUCGCUGUUCCUCUGCCUAUCGUUACUCGGAUUUAUACUUGUGCUAUAUCUUAAUCACGAAUCUAAAAAGUGUUUGGAUCGUGUUUCGUUCAGAUUGAUAUGCUACUCAUUGAUCUCAAACUGCUUCUACUGCAUCGGAUAUAUAAUAUGUGUUGAAGUGAAACCCGGAUUCUUCUGCGUCGCUGGUGUUUGGAUGAUCCAGUUUUGGCUCGGUAUAACCAACUGGCUAAUUACCUGCGUCGCAUUAAAUCUUGAACUAGUACUUGUCCAUUUGUGCAAUGGUAUCUUUAUGGAAAAGUACUAUGUCAUCGGUACGAUCGUUAUAAAUCUUGGAACAACGUUACCGCCACUCAUCAAAGGAAAGUUUGGGUGGGACGAUGUUAUUGGCGUCUGUUGGUUGACCUCGGACAAUAAUGAAGACCGAUUGAAAUGGCAAAUUUCGACUCAACUUCUUUGGAUAUUGUUAGCUGUGCUUAUCACUUGCACAUGCUGUUGUACAACCGUCUUUCACCUCUACAGGCACAAGUUUACCGCCCUUAACGUGCUUACUCAAAAUAAACCCUCUCCUAACGCGAACGUAACGACUUCGACGAUCCGCUCCUCAUCCCCAGACAACCGUGAAAGCACAAACUUAAGUGCGACACGCAACGCUCAGAAAUCCCUUCUCUCGAACCAGGAGUUCCGCAGCAUUAUUCUCCGGAUCUCACUAUAUCCUGCCGUUAUGAUUAUUCUAAACCUCGUCAUUACCAUUGCUGAUAUCCGCAUCAGUAUCCUCUCGGGUAUCUAUUCACAAGGCGACUAUGCGUUGUAUGCUGUUUACUACGCUCUAUAUGGUGCUCGUGGAAUCUUUUACGCAUUGAUUGCCGUAAUGGAUCCAUCUUUGCAACGGGCGUACCAUGUUUGGAGGGGAGAAAGGAUGAAUAGUACCGUAAACGGCACUGCCAUAGGCAAUGGAACCAUUCAAGACCCUAAUGACCCGGAAAUUGGGGACCUAGCUGGAUUCCGACACAACGUUCAAGACAAUCUCGACUUUGGCAAGGGUAUCAACGUCCAAACAGAAAUAGUAAGAGAAGUUAUCGAAACAAAAGGGGGUGGAAUCGAGUAUUCUGGCAACUCCGAUAUUCCUAUGGCCGUUCUAUCAAAUGGAAAUGUUACGACCACGACCACGACUAUUGAAGCCAACAAUAAAUUUGACGAGGAUGGUCGUCAAACAUUUUUCUUGGAUAGUAGAGUGUCUCUCGAUGAGACUGAUGAACCACAACCAUCUCUACCAAACUAUUCCGGCCCACUCCGACGUGAUGAUGGAAAACGAGCGACAACGGUCACCCAUUGGACAGAUCUACGCUCAGACUACGAAUUAAGCAUGAACGAGGCAGCUGAUGACUCGGGGUCCGAGGCCAACCUUGCCCUCGGAGGAGUUGCAGUAGGCAAAAAUAACAGCGGUGAAAGUGUGAACUACCUAAAGGAGGAUGUGGAGGAAAUCCGGCUACGACAAAGAGUAAGAGCCCAACAGAGGCGCUUACUAGAAAGAGAGAUGAAGAGGCGGAUAUAG